AUGGCAAAAACUGUUGUGUCAUUUGUUCUGGAACAACUUGGCCAAUUUGUAUUAAAACAUGCUUUCCGAUCAGUAGUAGAAGAAAAAAGUUUGGUGAAAGGAGUUGAAAGUGACUUCAAUGAAAUCAAAGAUGAACUUGAGAGCAUCCAUGCCUUCCUCAAGGAUGCAGACACAAGGUAUGGUGAUGAUGGUGGAGGAGGAGGAUCCAACGGAGUUAAAACUUGGGUGAAGCAGCUCAGAGAAGUAUCUUUUCGCAUACAAGAUGUCAUUGAUUACUACAUCAUGUAUGAGGCAGAAAAAGUCAACCAUCCUAAAGCUUCUGAGAUUGCUUCUGAGAUUCAAGACAUCAAGUUAUCACUUGGUAAAAUCAAAGAAAGAAGUACAAGGUUUGAGUUUCGGUCUGAAGGUGGAUCAGGAAGCUAUAGAGGGCUUAAAGCUCCUAGAAUUGGCGACCCUCGAAUGGAUCCUUUUUUCAUUGAAGAGACUCAAGUUGUAGGGUUUGAGUUCCCAAGAGAUGAAUUGGUUAGUCGCUUGGUCGGGGGAAACGAUGAGCUCAUGUUGGUUUCGGUGGUUGGUAUGGGAGGACUCGGGAAAACCACUCUCGCCAAGCAUGUUUUUGAUAACGAGCUAGUUAGAGGGGACUUUCCUUGUAGAUGUUUCAUCACGGUUUCUCAAUCAUACACUAUCAGAGACUUGUUGAUAGAAAUGAUAAAGAAGUUUUGCAAGAUCUGCAAUGAGCCUAAUCCAGAGGGUCUGCAUAACAUGGAUGAUGAAAGUUUGAUUACUAAUGUCAGAAAAUACCUUGAGCCUAAAAGGGGAAGUAGAAUCCUUGUGACCACUAGAAGCAUGCAUGUAGCAGUGAAUUCUAAGAAGUCAUUUCUUGUUCAUGUUCAUGAGCUACAAUCUUUGCCUCUAAACAAAGCAUGGGAACUGUUUUGCAACAAGGCAUUUAGAGGGCAGUGUCCAACAGAACUUGAGGAUGAAUCCAAAGAAAUUGUUCAAAAAUGUGGAGGGCUACCGCUAGCAAUUGUGGCCAUUGGUGGUCUUUUGUCAACAAAAGCCAAAACCAUAUUUGAGUGGGAAAAGGUGAGUCAAAGUCUGAGAAUAGAGUUACAUCGCAAUGUGCAUUUGACUGACUUAGUAAAGAUUUUAUCUCUUAGUUAUGAUGACUUGCCUUUCCAUUUGAAAUCAUGCAUGCUUUAUUUUGGUAUAUAUCCCGAGGACUACAUAAUCAACAGGAAGAGACUUACUAGACAAUGGAUAGCUGAAGGGUUUGUUACGCAAGAGGAGGGAAGAACUUUGGAAGAUCUUGCUGAAGAGUACCUCAUAGAGUUCAUACAUAGAAGUUUAGUUAGUGUUUCCAAAGUUGGAUUUGAUGGAAAAGUCAAAAGUUGCCAAGUCCAUGAUUUGAUGCGUGAAGUGAUCAUUAGAAAAAUGAAAGAUUUAAGUUUUUGUCAUUUAUGCCAUAAAGAUGACGACCAAGUCACUCUUGGAAUAACUAGACGCUUUUCUAUAGCAGCUAUCUCCAACAAUGACUUGACAAACACUAGCAACUCGGGAAUUCGUGCUAUAUUUGUCUUCGACAAAGGUGAGUUUCCUAAUCACUUGGUAGAUGGAUUAAUUGCUAAGUUCAAGCUUUUGAAAGUGCUGGAUUUUGAGAAUUCUUUGUUGAAUUCUAUUCCUGAUGACUUGGGGAAUCUUUUCCAUCUAAGGUACUUGAACUUAAGUCAUACAAAAGUUACGAUUCUUCCCAGAUCCAUCGGUAAGCUAGUCAACUUAGAAACUUUGGAUCUAAGGCAAACUCGAGUGCAUGAGUUACCUGAAGAGAUAAACAACCUCACAAAGCUAAGACUUCUUCCGGUUUAUUAUAGAAAAUAUGAAAGGCAUUAUUCUAUGUUGAACUUUACAAUAGGUGUGCAAAUGCAAGAGGGUAUUGGGUGCUUGAUAUCUUUACAAAAACUUUACUUUUUGGAGGCAGAUCAUGGUGGAAUAGACCUCAUCCAAGAGCUCAAAAAGUUGAGACAGUUAAGGAAGUUAGGCAUAAGGCGCGUUCGGGGAGAAUAUGGAAAUGCAUUAUGUGCUGCAAUACAAGAGAUGAAGCACCUUGAAUCUCUAAAUAUUACUGCUAUAGCUGAGGAGGAAAUCCUUGACUUGGAUUUUGUAUCAACUCCGCCCAAACUUAGAGUGCUCAACUUGAAAGGUAGAUUAGCAAACUUGCCUAAUUGGAUUCCAAACCUCAAGUAUCUUGUGAAGCUAAGGCUUGGUUUAUCUAACUUCCAAAAUGAUCCACUAGACUCUUUAAAGAAUUUGCCAAAUCUGUUGAGGUUGAAUUUGUGGGAUGAUGCAUUUGCUGGUGAUAGUUUGUGCUUUAAAGUUGGAGGGUUUCCUAAGCUGAAGGAACUUGAUCUCACUAGAUUGAAUAAACUAAGUUCUAUCACUAUUGAAAAGGGGGCUUUGCUCAGUCUUCAUCAUUUCAGAUUUAACAACAACCCUCAAUUGAAGGAGGUUCCGCAAGACCUUCGACACUUGGAAAACCUUCAAUUCCUUGGAUUUGCUGAUAUGCCACCUGAAUUGGUUGAAAGCAUUGAUCCGCGCAGAGGGGGAGAAUGUCAUUGGAUAAUCGAGCAUAUUCCUCUAGUACUCAUUCGGCAGAAAGUAGGAUCAAGAUUCCAUGACUAUGAGUUGUAUCCUAUUCCUACUAUAUCUAAUGUCUGA